AUGGCCACCCUCCUCCUCCGCCCCCUCAUGCGACCCCAAACCCUCGGCCUGGGUCUUGGCCUCUCAUUCCUAACCCACCAAACCAUGUAUCAGCGAUCGUACCGGAUGGACUCUGCACCUGGUGGAUCUAUUUUGUCCCAGGACUCGUAUGCGCGGAAUGCGAAGGUGCCGGUUGUGAGGGAGGGGAGGCUGAAUGAGAGGGCUGUGAGGCAGAUUAGUAGCGGGAGUAUUAUUGGACUAUGUGCUGGGUUGGCAGUUAGUACUUUCUCAAGGAGUCUGGCACUGAUAUUAGGAUUAUUGGUCGUUGGUGUACAAUACGCCUCAAAUCACGGCAUCAACAUCAUCCCAUACAACCGCCUCCAGAAAUACGUCACCAGCAUCGAUCUCCGCUCAGCAGUUCAAGACAACGUAGCUUUCAAGAUCUCAUUCGGGACCACGUUCGCGCUAGCUGCUUUCAUGCAAUUCUAG